GCGGAGGCACGGCGGAGGCAGGGCUCAGAGCCUCGGACUGAGAAAAGAGCAGUGAGCAAUGAGCAGCAAACAUUUUCACAAAUUGUUUUUGACUGCGCUGCUUUAAAAGGCACGGGCAGAUCGUAGCAUUCUCUGGAAAAUUCCAAUAACAAAGAUUGGACUAUUGAAGCUAGUAGCACUAGCGCCGACGACAUCGUGUAUGGGCAGCGGCAGCUCUCUGCCGCUCUCUCCAAGAACGAGAGUUGUUGGGUAGGGCUCUGCUUCUCUUUUCUAGUUUUUGUGCGUAUAUAUAAGAUAUACAUAUAUAUAUUUUCGUUUCGGCACUUACAUAAGAUAUAUAUUUGAGUUCUUUUGUGACGGGGCAAGUCCCGGGUUCAAAGCUUGUCCAGUCGAAUCUGGAAGUAAGCGAUAUCGGUCACUCUUCUGUGACAGUGAGUUUGAUUUAGUGGGGAUAUGGACGGAAUGGCAAACGUGGCAGAGGAGUAUGACGCACUCCGUCGCGUUCUGACGGCGAAGGCUAAGGACGACGUACUCAAGGGCAGCACCGCUGGCGUGCUGGGUGAGGUUGGUAAGAAGGGGCAGACUGUGCCAUCUUCAUCGGCAGCGACCCAUACCAAUGCCCUCUUAACGAUUGUUUCAAAAGAUAACGUGGAGUUACUGGAGCCAGCGAUUCAGAAGGCCCUGAGGAUAAUCGCUAAGACAUCGAAGAGCAGCUGUGCGGCGAGCUUAUCGACAGAGGAUGUGCUGAGUAACGGAGGCUCGAGCAGCAGCAGCGUGCCACUGAGUGACAACGGCGAGAACGGUGGAAACAGCACCAAAAAUGCCGAUAGCUGCAUGAGAGCCGAAGAGACCACGACCUUUACACAGGAGGAAGCUGACGAUUUGUUGAGGGACAAGCUGUUGCAGUUUGCCUGCGAGGAGGACUCGGUGACGUGCGUGCGCUCCUUGUUGAGCACAAAGAUGAGUAAUGAACCUACUCAGGACGAUGACAAGCACGACAACAAGGUCAAUGGCGUGAUUGACCGCUCUUCCGGGAAGACGGCUCUGCAUUUUGCUGCUGAAAGCUUGAGCCGGGAAACUGUCGAUCUUCUUCUUGCCUAUGGGGCGAAGGCGGACGUGAAGUGCAAGCAAGAGAAGACGCCGCUGGAGCUAGCGCUUGGCAAUCACAGGUUGCAAUUGGAAGUGGACUGGUCUCAGAAUGCCCGAGACGCUCUAGGCGAGCUUGUUCGACAGCUGCACGACAAGGAUGUGUCUGUAGUUCGGGCUCUUGUGAAGUGUGGUAGUGAUGCAGCAGCUCAGAUUGCGUACGAGAAGGCAAUGAGUGGGCACCUUACCAGUCUGGCUAUUCUCUUGGUUGCGGGAGGGCGACAAAUCGUCGACUCCGUUCACCGCAGUCGGACGGAAGGGAGCUCUCCGACGCUUGUUGAUGUGCUGGUUCGCAUGGCCGUUGACUUAUCAUUCAUUGUUACGCCACAAGAAGCGGCAGACGUGCAGCGUGCGGUGUCUCUGCUUGUUAAAGCUCCCUAUUUCCGUACAAAGAAAUGCAGGGACUCCUUGGACGUCUUGAUAGGCAUGGCCUCUUCGAGAAAAGAUGAGAGGAUGGGAGGUGAGCACAUGACAUUGUGUGAUGGAGAUGGCGACGAAGGAUUCAACAAAGAGUGUGAUAGCUCUUUUUCGUUCACGGCUGGGAAAGCCGUUCAUAACUUGAAAGAGGCGAAGUCGGUUGGUGCUACGACUGAAUCGUGCGAGAAUCUGACGGAAACAAAGAAGCCCGACGAUGGUGAUGACCCUGGCUUCGGGCCGGGUUUGCCGAGUGGAAGGAUUAGUCGACGGGUGGCGUUGAGAGGACUGGAGCUGGUUCUGUUGUGGAAACCCAACUUGGGAAGAAGCAAUGCUACCGUUGCUACGCUCUCAGCUCAGUCAGCUGGCAGUGUCCAUUCACCGCUGAUUCUUGCCGCACAGGCAGGUGAUGAUGUCGUGGAGGCUAUGCUCUUGGAUGCUGGAGCUCCUGUCAACGGGACAGACGCAGAUGGCAACACCGCGUUGCACUGGUCUUUGGCUACCAAGCAGGGUUCGCUGAGUAUCAAGGUUGUGAUAAAUCUGAUAGAGGCUGGUGCUAACUUGCUUUUGGGGAACAAGCUUGGUGCGACGGCGUUUCAUUUCGCAGCCAGUCAAGGGCAUGCAGAGGCCCUUAAGCUUCUUCUCAAGUCCAAUCCGGAGGGAGCUCACUCCGUGGUGUUUUCCACGAGGGAGACUCCUCUGUUCUUUGCAGUGAAGAACAGGCGUCUGGAAUGUGUGCGUCUGCUGAUGAAGUACGGGGCUCGUGUUGACAUUAUGAACAUACGGAAUGAGCGACCGGUUGAUGUGGCGCAAGGUGCAGAUGUUUGUGAACUGCUUGUCGCUGGAGUGCAGUGCUGUAUCGAUGAUUACAACUUUUUGCAAUGCAAUCACGAAAGGGAGCUGAUCGUGAUGAGAAAGAAGACUUCAGAUGCGAAUGGACCUGCUUUGCCACCCCUUGCUCAGCCAACAAGUCUGAAUCUGCCAGGGCCGCUUGCAGCUCUCAAGCUGAAGAAAAGGGGUAUGAUGUCAACAAAGAGGUCUGGGUCAGAGCCAGACCUCAAUGAAAGCAUACAGCAGCAAAGUGCAAGGGCAUUUGCACCCCAGAAGAGUGAGCUUUGCCGAUACUUCAGCAUGCCAGGUGGGUGUGUGAGGGGAGAGAGUUGCUAUUUUGCACAUGGCGAAAAGGAGCUUUUGAAGUCUCGAGCUCCGCCGCUCAGUGAUGCUGUACACGGUGUCAACAACAAAGGAAAGGAGAAUGAGGGCCUUGGACGAAAAGUCUUUGUUGGAGGUCUCUCGCCAUUUGUUGAAUCAGAUGAUUUGCGAGAGUUUUUUGAAGAGAAUUUUGGACCUGUGGAAGACGCAAUUGUGAUUGGAUGUCAGGUUGGACAUCGUGUACAGUCCAGGGGCUUUGGGUUUGUCACAUUCAAGCAUGAGAAGUCCGUUAUGGAGGCAAUCAAGGCUCAUUAUGUCAAUCUUCUUGGCAAAAAGGUGGAGAUAAAGGGUGCAAUUCCUCGUGCCCUUCUGUCAAUGGUUGGAGGAAACGCCAACUCGGUGAAGUACGAGGCACUCCUUGCAGCUGCUAUGCAGCAGAAGGAAGUUGGAAAAGUCAACACUGGAUCCCCUCUGGAUGGCAAUGGCCUUUUUGAAGCAAGCUUGUUGGAGGCAUUGGGAGAGAAAGGAGCUUAUAACGCUUAUUUAUCACAAAAGAUGGGGUCAGGGCUGGGAUCGAAGCUCUCCCCUUUUAAGCAGGGGGCUGGCAGUCCCACACAUGGUGAGAGCUCGUCUACCGGUGGGAGCACAAUAACAUCGGACAAUGCCCGCCGUUCCUAUCAAUGUGGUGAAGAUGGGGACAAUUCCCCUGAAUUCUCUGGUGGUAGCAUGGAUUCCACAGCAGCUGCACCCUCUCUGGCAUUUUGGAGCACGGUUCCAAGUGAGAGUGAGUCACCACUGGCUACAGCAAGUAUGUGCAGCAAUGACGAGGCAACAUCUGCUCUACGCACAGCUGGUGCCAGUGCUCACACCCCACCGCUGCUCCCCGUUCUCACACCUGGUACUGAGCCGAAGUGGUACCUACGGUUCAAAGCCUGGUUGCAGGAAUUUCUUCCAGGUGCAGUGGCACGGCUUCCAGAAGGAGAGUACUAUCCAUUGUCUGCCUUGAAGGGCGACUUCCGGGCAACCUGUGGAAUGGAACUUGACCAUGUAGAAUUGGGGUUCAACAAGCUCAGCGACUUCAUCCGCUCCUUCUCGGAUUUGUGCAGGAUUAAAGUAGUACCUGUUGGGAGAGGAACUGCUGCUACACAUAUGGUGCUGCUGCCUCUUGCACAGAGAGUCCAUCAGUCUCCUGGUGCAUGUGGGAGCUCAUGUGUGUCCCCAAGCAGCGCUACCAAAACAAGAGGAUCUAUCUCCUCAGAGAGCUCACCAGAGCAAAACCAGGCUCUUGAGAUGUCAAUGGGUGGUUCACGUGCCCUCAAGGACCAGCUUGGCUUCCAUCCAGAAAUCUUGUUUCCUUUCCAGAAAGGACCUGGAUAUGGGUACUGCAAUGCAGCUCAUGGCCUUCAAGGUGGGAACUUUGCACAAUCAAGUCCUCAGCCCUUGCGGAAGAAUGCCAGCUUUGACUCGAGAGAGAUGAUUCAAGGCAGUCAAGGUGGAUGGAUGCAACCCCGUGGUGGUUAUGGGAUGACAGACUUCGAGCGUGAUAUGGAGCAACUUACGUAUGCAGAGCAAAUUGCUGCUGCAUCAGCUGCAGCUGCAGCAUCUGCAGGACAAGCAGCAGGGUGGGGGGUUGGACCACCAAGGUCUCUCCAUGCAUCUGCCAGUGGACUGCAAGGCCGUCCAACGGGCAUCAAUCAUCCGUUAGCAAGCAAGGGAUCAAGAUCUAUGAACCAUCUAUCGGAUGCAAUGGCUUCUGCGAACAGAAUCCCCUCUCACAUGGGAAUGACUGGGCACGCAGCCUCCGGAGAAGGAGCAGGAGCAGGACAAGAGGACAGCCAAGGCUUUCCAACAGCUCUGAGUACUCCAGUCUAUCACCCUAUAGGGAGUGCAUAUAAUUCCGGUAGCAUGACACCCCUCGCAACCGCAGGUCCCACAGCGGCAAGAGGACAAACUCUGCCUUGGAAUCCCGCAGAGGACCCAGAACUGUUGUCAGAGCUGGUAUCUCUCUUGAACCAGGGUGAACAGACACGCCGCUCCCAUCAUGACCUCUUAGGCAGUCGUCCGCCACAGCCUGGUGCUCGACAACGGCUGGGUUCUUGUCCAGGAAGCAGCUACGGCAGGUCGUACUUGAGCCAGCAGCUCACUCAGGCUUCCUUUCUGCACGAUGCAUCAAACGUUGACUCGGGCCUUGGAGGACCAUUCCAGCGUCAUAAUCAGAGUCCUCAGUUGCCUGAAAGCAAUGAUGGUUCUCAGACUUUUGGUACUCUAGGGCAAGGCAACAAGAAAUCCGAGGCAGAUACUUCGGAUGGUUCGGAAGGAUUCAUGAGCCAGAGCAGACUUGGAAGGUUUCUACAGAGGAAGCAGUCUCCUAUCCAGGAUGAGAGUCCUGGACUAGGUGAGAAAUCCAAUUCGGAUGUUGGGUUGGGAGGCAGUGCUGGACAAAACCCCAACAGGCCUGCAGGCAGUGAUGAUGCUUCAGCUCUCCUGUCAGCAGCUUCGGCUCGAGGAUCGCAUGGUGGUGGUGGCGCAAGUACGGAUUCCUGCCUUCCAGCACAGCAGCUGUGGCAGCAGUCUGGCAUGGAUACAUCGGCAUAUAGCACAAGCAGAGUCAAGAAUGACACGCAGAUGCUUUUUCCUGGGGCGCCUAUGUGGUCGAGUACAGCAUGGCCCACAGCAUGGAAGGACUUCCCUGGCCGGAAGGCAAUAUCUCACCCUCCUACACCACCCUCGGGUAUUCAGUACAGGUUCUAGUCGCCGAGUUGUGUAAUUAACGGAUGGUCAUUGGCCACUGCAUUUGCUCGCAUGGUAGGGCAUUCAUUCUCUGUUACGAUGUUUGUAUGGAGAAUGCAUACUGUUCGAGUGAGCCACAGCGACGCUUUGUGGUUGUCUGCCUUUGCACCAGGAUGAUCCUUGAUUCGUUCCCCUGACCUUGGCUUUUGCCCCAGCAUGCUGCACGAGGGAAGCUUGACAUUGUGAGAUCCCCUUGCAGUUGAUUGUUUUUCGUCAUGGGGCAUCGGCACUCCAGUCGCAACAUGUGCAAAAUGAG